ACACACACACUGAUUGUAUUUUUUUUUAACCACUAUUAUGACACAAUUGUUGUGGCAAGAGCGGACUGUUGCGUGUUCACGUCGAAGGGCGCCUGGCCCAAGCGUGUCGAUGAUGUCAUUCUUGUUUACACUGACAUGCAUGUGUUUUGAUGUGGUUGGCAGGCAGGCAAACCUGCUUGGAGCGUCUCCAGCAGCCACACGAUGAGCGGCCGAAGCCACAGAUCCAGCACCAAGCGAUGCUGCUGCUGCUUGCCGGUCAAAGAUGAGCGCGGACGAUUUGCCAGAUUGACUCCAGUCAAGUCGGAAUGGGUGAAAGAGGAGGGCGAGGCCUCGGUGGCUGAGUGGGCACAGGAGAAGUGUGUGGAGCCGGUGAAAGGCCCGUGGACGCUGGAGGAGGAUGAGCGGGUGGUGGAGUUGGUGCGCAAGUUUGGCAAGAAGCACUGGUCGCUGAUCGCCAAGCACAUGCGCAGCCGCAACGGCAAGCAGUGCCGCGAGCGCUGGCUCAACCACCUCAACCCGAAAGUCAUCAAGAGCCGCUGGACGCCUGAGGAGGACCGCAUCAUCUGCCAGGCACAGCGCCUGCUAGGCAACCGCUGGGCACACAUUUCAAAGCUACUGCCUGGCAGGCCUGAUAACGCCAUCAAAAACCGCUGGAACUCCACCCUGAAGAGGAAGGUGCAGAAGGAGACCCCUCGCAAGAUCCUCCACCGACACCCAGACUCGGGCGUACACCGCACCACCUCCUCCAGCUCCUCCUCGUCCAGCUCGUCUUCCUCGGCCGCCUCCUCGUCCUCGUCUUCCGCCGGACAGGCGGCUUUCAAGGGCGACGCGGCUGACGAGGAACACUUGAUGAGCACCGAGAUUCUCAACAUGCUGACCGACUGGAGCCCCGACCACAGUGGCGAGCACAAGGACCGAGCCACCGUCUUCUCUCGCUCGGAGGACCAUCUCAUGAACAGCGAAAUCCUCAACAUGCUGAGCGAAUGGAGCCCCUCCCACAGCGCCGAGCACAAUGCCCGAGCUGCCGACAUGUCUCCCUCUGGGCUGUUGAGUCCGGAUGAUGGCGCGGAGGCUUCCUUCGAGGAGGAAAGCCUGGCGAGCGGCAGGCAUCAGGAGGGGACGCCCCGGGCCUCGCACGGCCGCGCGGCGGACAGCGGCGAAUUACUGUGCUUCCCGCUGGUGGGUCAGGAAGUGUGGUGGUGUCUGCAGCCCACCGACGGCGCCGAUGUGGGCGAAACGCUGAGGAUCAAAAGCGAACCGUUUGAGAGAAAUGUGGGUGGAGCCUGUGAAUCAAUAUGAAGCUUCCUAUCACAUCCGCUUCCUGUCCCCUUUUACAACUUUUGCUCAUCUGCUUUUGGAGAUGUGCAGAAGUAAGACUUUGCAUGGAUGGAGAUCGACAUCUGUACGGGUAUGCAGUGGCAGCGAGCGAGAGCACUUUUACUUGGAAAUGUUUAUUAUUUGGUUGAUUUCUUGGGCAGGAAUAGCACUUGAAUGCACUUGAGCAGUUUUACUUGGAAACGUGCCAUGUUCAUUGCGUCUUAUUUGAUUUCUUGG